AUGACAGCUUUCAGCCAGCUACUCACGGAGUCUGCUGGACCUAUGUUCUGCAUAUACACAGUCACUGUUCUUCUUACCGUCUACGUCUUGACUUUGUAUGAAUUCUACUACGACGUCACGUGUGGCCGGCAAUACGUCCGGAAGAUACGGGACACUCAUGAGAAGUAUGGCCCAAUCGUACGCAUCAAUCCAGAGGAAGUCCACAUUCAAGAUGCGGAAUACUACGAUGAAAUAUACACGGGAGCAACGCGGAAACGCGACAAUCUUACGCUGUCAGACAUUGCCAUGGAGUACGCGUUCGGCCGCAGCGACCAUCGUAUGAACGCGCCCGAUUUCGAUCCCAGCUUCAAGAUAGCCGGCGAAAUAGGCGCCAAACUAGGUCACUUCAUCAAACAGUUUCCCUGGAUCUUGGCCUUGAUGAAAGUUCUCCCAGACAAAGCGCACACGAUUGCGUAUCCGGAGAUGGCAACUCACUCCCACCGUAGCGACCCCAAAUACGAGAACCAAACCAUCAUCUUUCACGAGAUUCUCAACAGCGACCUCCCCGCACGCAAGAAAACACCCGCGCGCCUCUGGCAAUACGGCCAGGUGACCGUCAUUGCGGGCAGGCUCACCACAGCCGCUGCGCUCUCAGAUAUAACAUUCUACCUCCUCUCACAGCCCAUGCAGCUUCGAAAGCUCAAAGAUAAGCUCACCCUCGCAGACCCCUCUCACCUCCCUACCCUUACAGCUCUUGAGCAACUCCCUUACCUCACUGCCGUCAUCAAAGAACGCCUCCGCACCAGCAGCGGCAUCAGCACCCGCCUCCAACGCAUUGCCCACGAAACCUCCCAGCCGACGCAAAAACAAUACAUCCUCCGCCCCGGCAUCCCCUUCUCCAUGACCGGUCUCCUAAUCCACCACUCGCCCACCUACUUCAAAGACCCAACGCAGUUCAGCCCCGAGCGGUGGAUUGAGAACCCGGGGCUGGAUCGAUAUUUCGUGCCCUUCUCGCGUGGAACACGGCAGUGUGUGGGCACUAAUCUGGCGUAUGCGGAGUCGUACCUUGCGCUGGCGACUGUGUUUAGGGUAUACGGGAGUGGGGAGGUGAAGGUGGAGGGCGAUAGAGGGUGGUUAGAGUUGCAUAACACUAGUUUCGAGGAUAUUGAGAUUGUAGGAGAUGGGGUCACGCCGCUGUACCGGGAAGAGAGUAAAGGCGUGAGGGUUGUGGUGCGGGGAUAG